CACUAACACUGAUUCGACUAAAUGUAAUUACGUACGAAUCGACUUUUGAAGCUCAACAUGUAGGUACAACAACUCAGGCUUGGGUUUGUGACAUUAGCUGAAGCUAACCGACCUAUAAUAAGCGUUUGACAGGUGGCAGUUACAGAAAUUGACAUUGAUGAGAAACCCGCUUGCUGAGAUAGCAUUAAGUAGUAGGAGAUGGCCACUCUCUAUGUGUCCCCUCACCCUGAUGACUUCAAGAGCCUCCUGGCUCUAAUCGCUGCAGAGUUCGCUCCAUCCUCUCGACAUCAGGUCGUUGUGGAGGACCCUCCUGCGUCUCUGAAUGCACGCUCCAGACCCACACUUGUGCUGGGUGCUGGUGGAGGGGACUCUGUCCUGAGUGGGUCCAAUGCCGUGUCCUGGUAUCUGGCUGUUCAGGGAAAAAGAGCUGGUGCAGAUGCAAAGCAGCAGAGCCAAGUGUGGCAGUGGCUGAGCUUUGCCGACAACGAGCUCACCCCCGUGUCAUGUGCUGUGGUCUUCCCAUUGAUGGGGGUGAUGGGAGUGGAUAAGAAGCUCCAGCAGAGUUCUCGUGCAGAGCUGCUCAGCGUUCUUAAGGUUCUCAAUCAGGUGCUGGAACCAAGAACCUUUCUGGUGGGAGAAAGCAUUACCCUGGCUGAUAUGGCUGUAGUCGCUGCUGUUCUGCUGCCUUUCAAAUAUGUAUUGGAGCCGUCAGACAGGAAUGUUUUGACCAAUGUGACCAGGUGGUUCACAACCUGCAUAAAUCAGCCACAGUUCCUAAAGGUGCUGGGGAAAAUUGCUUUGUGUGAGAAGAUGGUGCCAGUUAUACCGAAGCCAAAUGCUGCUAUACAUGCUAAAGAGGAUAACGCCACCCCUGCCACCGACUCUGUCAGUGACACAACAAAUGGUCCUCCGAAGACAGAAGCUCAGCUAAAAAAGGAAGCCAAGAAGAAAGAAAAGCUGGAAAAGUUCCAACAAAAGAAGGAAAUGGAAGCAAAGAAGAAGAUGCAGCCUUCAGCAGAGAAAAAAGCCAAACCUGAGAAGAAGGAGUUGGGAGUGAUCACAUACGACAUUCCUACUGCCACUGGGGAGAAAAAAGAUGUAAUCAGUCCCCUUCCUGACUCGUACAGUCCUCAGUAUGUGGAGGCCGCGUGGUAUUCAUGGUGGGAGAAGCAGGGAUUCUUCAAGCCUGAGUAUGGGAGGAAGAGUAUUAGUGAGCAGAACCCCCAUGGCAUCUUCAUGAUGUGUAUCCCACCACCUAAUGUGACUGGAUCACUUCACCUCGGUCAUGCCCUCACUAAUGCCAUCCAGGACUCUCUGACCAGAUGGCACAGGAUGAGAGGCGAGACCACGCUGUGGAACCCGGGCUGUGAUCAUGCAGGCAUCGCCACCCAGGUGGUGGUGGAAAAGAAGCUCAUGAGAGAGAGGUCGAUGAGUCGCCACGAUCUGGGGAGGGAAAACUUCAUCCAAGAAGUCUGGAAGUGGAAGAAUGAGAAGGGAGACCGCAUUUACCACCAGCUAAAGAAGUUGGGCUCCUCUCUGGACUGGGACAGAGCCUGCUUCACUAUGGACCCAAAACUUUCCUAUGCCGUCCAAGAGGCCUUUAUCCGCAUGCAUGAUGAGGGAGUGAUCUACAGGAGCAAGAGGCUGGUCAACUGGUCUUGCUCACUAAACUCUGCCAUCUCUGACAUCGAGGUGGAUAAGAAGGAGCUCACCGGCAGGACUUUGUUGCCCGUGCCUGGUUACAAGGAGAAAGUGGAAUUUGGGGUCUUGGUGUCAUUUGCCUACAAAGUUGAUGGAUCAGAUGAGGAAGUGGUUGUGGCCACGACUCGUAUUGAGACCAUGCUGGGAGACACGGCUGUCGCCGUCCACCCCGGUGACUCGCGCUAUCAGCAUCUGAAGGGAAAAGUGGUGCUGCAUCCGUUUUGUGACCGCAAGUUGCCCAUUGUUUUCGAUGACUUCGUGGACAUGAGCUUUGGAACCGGCGCUGUCAAAAUCACUCCAGCCCAUGACCAUAAUGACUACGAGGUUGGAGAGAGACACAAUCUGGCCUUCAUCAACAUCUUGGAUGAGAAUGGCCUUCUCAUUAACGUUCCACCUCCCUUCCUGGGCAUGAAGCGUUUUGAGGCAAGGAAGGCAGUGCUGCAGGCUCUGAAGGACAGAGGCCAGUUUAAGGAAAUCAAAGACAACCCUAUGGUGGUCCCAGUCUGCAGUCGCUCCAAAGACAUCGUGGAACCCCUGCUGAAGCCACAGUGGUACGUGAACUGCACAGACAUGGGGAAACAGGCUGCAGAUGCUGUCAGAGACGGGCGCCUCAAAAUCAUCCCUGACCACCACCUCAAGACGUGGUUCAACUGGAUGGACAACAUCAGGGACUGGUGCAUCUCUCGGCAGCUGUGGUGGGGUCACCGUAUUCCUGCUUACUUCAUCACUGUCAGUGAUCCCUCUGUGAAACCGGGAGAGGAUGUGGAUGGUCACUACUGGGUGAGUGGGCGAACGGAGGAAGAAGCCAGAGAAAAGGCAGCCAAGCGCUUCAAUGUGUCAGCUGACAAGAUCUCCCUGAGACAGGAUGAGGAUGUUCUGGACACUUGGUUCUCAUCUGGCAUUUUCCCCUUCUCUAUCUUCGGUUGGCCCAAUGAGACCCACGACCUGAAUGUCUUCUACCCUGGCACUUUGCUGGAGACCGGUCACGACAUCCUGUUCUUCUGGGUUGCUCGUAUGGUGAUGAUGGGCCUUAAACUUACCGGCAAGUUGCCCUUCAAAGAGGUUUAUUUGCAUGCGGUGGUGAGGGAUGCUCACGGAAGGAAGAUGAGCAAAUCUCUGGGCAAUGUCAUUGACCCUCUGGAUGUCAUUACAGGAAUCUCCCUGGAGGGUCUUCACGCCCAGUUGAUAGACAGUAACUUGGAUCAGCUGGAGGUGGAGAAAGCAAAGCAGGGCCAGAAGUCCGACUACCCAAAUGGCAUCCCAGAGUGUGGCACAGAUGCGCUCCGCUUCGCCCUGUGUGCUUACACCAGCCAAGGGAGGGACAUCAACUUGGAUGUCAACCGCAUCCUGGGUUAUCGUUACUUCUGCAACAAACUGUGGAACGCUGUGAAGUUUGCCAUGAAGACUCUGGGAGACAACUUUGUACCAUCAGAGAAAGCCCAGAUGUGUGGAGAAGAGAGCGUUGUCGACAGAUGGAUUCUCUCCAGACUCUGUGCAGCUGUUGCUCUCUGUGAUGCUGGCUUUAAGGCCUAUGACUUCCCAGGAAUCACCACCGCCAUCUACAACUUCUGGCUGUAUGAGCUCUGUGAUGUCUACCUGGAAAGCGUGAAACCAGUGUUUAGCAAAGCAGAAGACGCCGCCAGUCAGAGACAGGCCCAGGUGUGCAGACAGACGCUUUACACAUGCCUAGAGGUCGGACUGCGCCUGCUGUCUCCCUUAAUGCCCUUUGUCACGGAGGAACUUUACCAGAGGUUACCAAGACGACGGCCUCAGUGCGAUCCUCCAAGCAUAUGCGUCACACCCUACCCUGAUGCUGAGGAGUUCUGCUGGCACAGUGAGGAGGUCGAUCGCGACAUGGAGUUUGUAAUGACUGUGGUCAAGACAAUCCGGUCUCUCAGGGCAGACUACAACCUGACCAAGACCCGGGCUGACUGCUACCUGCAGUGCAUAGACUCUACAACUGUGUCCAUUGUGCAGAGGUACAGUCUGCAGAUUCAGACCUUGUCGUACUCUCAGGCCAUCAUCCCUCUGACAGCCAACCAGCCUGUCCCAGAGGGCUGCGCUGUGGCUAUCGCCUCUGAUCGAUGCACUGUCAACCUUAUGCUCAAGGGCCUCAUCGAUGUGGAGAAGGAAGUAGCUAAACUGGUGACAAAGAAAGGUGAAUUGGAAAAACAGAUGGAGAAGCUGAACGAGAAGAUGGCAAAGAGCGACUACAAGGAGAAGGUUCCAGUGAAAGUGCAGGAGCAGGACGCAGAGAAGCUACGACAGAUCCAAACUGAACUUGAAAAAGUCAAAGAAGCCAUGGAUAACUUCAGGAAAAUGAUGUAAACUUCAUCUUGGCAUUAUGUAAAUCUUGAUUUUUUCCCACUCAUGUUGGUGCAUUUAUUUUCGUAACAUUAUUCAGGGUAAUUGUUGUAUGCAAGGGGAUUUAAUAAACACAGGCAGUUGACUUUAAUGAUGUAUUUUUCUCAUUGUUUAUUAAUCUCAACUCUUGUGUAACACCUGUCAAGUAAUGACAAAUUCAUUCACUCCUGUUAAAUAGUUCCAAGUAUAUUUAAUUGAAUAUUUAAGAGCAUCGUUAUAGGACACAGCUUUGUUCGUAAGGACAUUGUCCACAGAGGUAAAUGAAACGCCUCGACUUUGGCCGCAUCUUUUUUAAAAGGUUAUGACCUCAAGAACAUAUUGAUUGAAAUAUAAUGAUGCAUUUUCAAAUGCAGGUGCUCUUAUACAGCCAAAGAGGGAACAAUGUAAGGAGUGGGCGAUGGCUUGUAAAUUAACUUAAAAUGCAGAAUCCUUUCCAAUGCUUAGAGACAAACACUGAACAGACUAAAUGCUAACCUUAGAAAGGAAAGAAGGGGCCGUAUUUUACAGGUUCUCAGGUUGGUGUGUGACAGUCUACUACAUCAUCCAGGUGCUACAACAGCAACACUGUACACGACAAAAUAAACCACGCCAGGAAAACGUUCUGACCACAGGCCGCCCGGAUCUGCUGUUGCUCUUCCCCUCGCAUCCAUUCAUCUGCCUUUACAGUCUCCAUGGUGAGUGGAACUCGGAGGCAGGAAGAGCAGUGCAGUGCGUUGUUUCAAAGUUUCGCAUGUACUUCCGCGCC